CCAGGUGUAAGCUUGAGCGAAGCUAAGCGGCAUGGCAAUUGUGUGAUUCUAUCUGAUUUGACUGCAAGGACUUCACGUGUGCACGAGUUCCAAUCUAGUUUAAGCCUCCUAAACCCUGCCACCCGGCCUCCGAAAUGACUUCUCUCUUCUUCUCCACUCCCGUCGACAUUGACGUCGUGCUCGAAGACAGCGAUGAACGCCAGACAGUGGACGUAAAGCUCGAUAAGGGCCGCCGCGAGCGAGUCCCUCUUUACAUGGAUGGGGAGUCGGUGAAGGGUGCUGUUACGGUUCGACCAAAGGAUGGGAAGCGAUUAGAACACACAGGCAUCAAGGUGCAAUUCAUUGGCACGAUCGAGAUGUUCUACGAUCGAGGCAACCAUUACGAAUUUCUUUCGCUGGUGCAGGAACUUGCAGCUCCCGGAGAGCUGCAACACCCACAGACAUUCCCCUUCAACUUCAAGAACGUCGAGAAACAAUACGAAUCAUACAAUGGUAUCAAUGUGAAGCUGCGGUACUUUGUUCGGGUGACGGUCUCGAGGCGGAUGGCAGAUGUUAUUCGCGAGAAGGAUCUCUGGGUUUACUCUUAUCGCAUGCCCCCGGAAACCAACAGCCCGAUCAAGAUGGAUGUUGGUAUCGAAGACUGCCUGCAUAUUGAGUUUGAAUACUCCAAAUCCAAGUAUCACCUGAAAGAUGUCAUCGUGGGGCGUAUCUAUUUUCUCCUCGUGCGGCUGAAGAUCAAACACAUGGAACUAUCUAUUAUUCGACGUGAGACGACGGGCUCCCCGCCAAACCAGUACAACGAGAGCGAGACGCUGGUACGAUUCGAGAUCAUGGACGGGUCGCCUUCGCGAGGCGAGACAAUUCCUAUUCGUCUGUUCCUGGGUGGUUUCGAUCUGACGCCCACAUUCCGUGAUGUCAACAAAAAGUACUCCACAAGAUACUAUCUGAGCCUGGUGUUGAUCGAUGAAGAUGCCCGUCGGUACUUCAAGCAGUCCGAGAUUACUCUCUACAGACAAGCUCCCGAGAUCGCAGCGACCCCUCAAAUCGCUCAACAGCAACAGAUCCAGCAGCAGCAGCUCCUUCAGCAACAGAAGCAGCAACAGCCCCUACCAGAAGGCUCAGCCACGGCUGGACCUGGACGCGAAUCAUAUCACACUCAGAGAUUAUCCGCCCCUGCCGCUUAGCCUGUAGGCUGAGUAUGUCGCAUGGGGUCUCGCUUAACGUUUCUAUUUCAUGGAAGUUGUUGAGAUUUGGCGACAUCUUCUACUCCAUACAUAUACCCUAUUUGACUCUGUAUCCGUAUCCUGUGCUUAUCUUGAUUCCUUGCCAUCAGAUAAACUGGUCCUGUAGCUGACGGUCUAUGAUUGGUUCUUUAAAUAAAAUAGCACUCUUGUGUCCAAUGAUGGUUGAGGAUGGAACACUUGCCGCAAAUGCUUAUCCAUAAGAAAUACGCACGAUUGAGAUCUAUUUGGG